AACAUAUGUACUUUUAAUUACAGUUUUGUAAUGUGUUGAGUAGGUAACUAAACUGCAGAUAAUUGCUUUACAACAAGUAGACAAAAGUUCCCAGUUUGGCAUAGAAAUAACAUGAACAUGAACAAUUUGGAUCAAUCACCGGGGAGUGGGGAGUCUCAGAUUGGAUUAACUGAAAGAAGUUUCAAAGUUUAUAAAAGAAGAUGGUUUCUACUUUCUACUUUGUGUGUACUCAAUAUCUCAAAUGCGAUGAUCUGGUUGACAUUUGGUCCUGUCGCAUACAAAGCUUCAGAGUUUUACAAAACCAACCUUGAUACAAUAAACUGGUUAAGUGUCGUAUUCAUGAUCACUGGUAUCCCAUGCGGGAUUUGCGCUACCUGGCUCAUAGACACUAUCGGACUAAGAUUCUCGAUCAUUUUAAGUGCUUGGUUAAACUGUAUUGGAUGUGUAAUACGUGUGAUCAGCGCAAUCGACGGAAUUCUUCCCUCGGCCAUGAUUCCACUUGUGUUUGUGGGUCAAGUUAUCGCAGCAUUCGCGCAACCAUUUAUGCUAUUUGCCCCGACAAAGUUAGCAGCUCUCUGGUUCAAAGAAGACCAACGUGCUGUAGCUAACAUGCUUGCCACGAUAGCUAAUCCUCUUGGAAUAAUGUUGGCUGGCAUUACAUCUCCUGUCCUUGCAAAAACUAAAGACGACAUUCUGUACAUGCUUUGUAUUCAAUGCAUACCUGCGGGGGUAGCUACCCUCAUGGCAACGUUUGGUUGGUGGUCAAGUGCCCCCCCUACACCCCCAUCUAGUAGCGCACAGACCGAAUCCGAGCCUUUCCGACAAGGCAUGAAGGCUUUGUUUAAAAACUUCCGAUAUUUGCUUCUAGCAUGGACCGUUGGGGCGGGAAUUGCUUUGUUUAGUGUACUUACUACAUUGCUGUCACAAAUCCUUUGUCCCUGGGGAUAUACAGAUAGUUAUGUUGGCCUGAUAUGUGUGAGCACAAUGAUAGGAGCUGGCUUCGUUGGAUCCGGUAUCGCUGGGGUAAUUGUUGACAAAACAAAGAGGUUUAUUGAAGUCACAAAAGUUGGGUUCACUCUUGGAGUGUCAGCGCUAAUCGUGUUUGGAAUUUUCCACAACCAUGUGAAUGAGUCAGCAUUAAUAGCAAGCAUGUGCGGGUUGUUUGGAUUCUUCGGCAUCCCAGUUUACCCUGUGGGUAACGAACUCGCUGUGGAAACGACAUACCCCGUGGGUGAAGCAACUAGCUCAGGGGUCGUGUUUAUGAGCGGUCAGUUACAAGGCAUAGUUCUUGUGUUGGUUCUUCAAUCUAUUGGAACAACUAUCCCAGUAAAUGAAAGAAACAACUCAAAAUGCACAAGUGACAAUCUAGGAGAUAUUCCAGUGCUGGAUAUGUCAGUUCCUGUAUAUGUAAUGCUUGGAUAUGCUGGUCUAGUGGCAAUCGUUUACGUCGUAUUUUUCCGAACACCUUACAAGAGACUCAACGCUGAAACUGGAGAUGAGAAACAAGAAGCUUAUAGACAAGCCGAUGAACCUAAUUAUUUACCGGGUGUUUCAGCGGAGACAAAAACUGGUUUUAGUGAACAUAGUGACUAAAAAUUAACGCAACAGUAAUUCAAUUUAUACUUCCAUAUAUUACUGAAUAUUUUCUUAAAAAAUUCUAAGUUUUGUGGUUCAUAAUUUUAAUGAACUUAAAAAUCAUUUUUAAUUUUUUUUUUAGAAAAUUGCAAAUGUAAUCAGAUUUUCUUAGGUAAUCUAUACACCAGAUAGCAUAACAAGUACUUCUAGUGAUUAUUACCCCUUUUUUUAAAAGAAUCCUAGAUAUUCAGCAUAAUUAAAUAAAAAAGCUUAGAUGACCAAAAAAACACACUCUAAGGUACAGUUUGAGGCACUUUAAAUCCUUUGUUCAUAACCCAACUUAUCACAACCUAGAAAGGGCAGAAUAACAUUGAUAAACGCCUUUUUGUGUUCUUAUUUUUAGCCAACUAGAUUAAAACUACCAAUUUAUAAAACCUCAAAAAAUCAUCCAUAAUUUACUGUAUAAACAUGCCAUUUAAACUACCAUAUUUCACCAAUUUAGUGCACUACACAUGCCACUCAAACUACCAUAUUUCACCAAUAAAAUUUAUUUUCAUUUAUCUCUCAAUCCAAAACUUUUAAAUCUCUUUCAGCACUGUUUAAUACAUGGUACAUAUAAGCCUUCUAACUGUUCCUGUUCACCCUAUAUAUAUAUAUUCCACACACAUUAGAUAUUCCGUCAUUUAAUAUAUCUUAAACAUUCAACCAAGUAUGCGGUGCUGAAUUAACGUUCAUUGUCUACUUUUGGUACAAAACCAAAACUCUAGAUAAUUUUUUUCACAGUUUAAACUUGUUAUUUUUUUUUUACUUAUUUUAAUUUUUUUUUCAAAUAUGAAAAAAUUGUCAUUUUUAAUUUAUUAUUUUAUGUGGAGAUAUAUACACUUGAGAUUUGUUGUGACAUUGUGGUAUAUGAUAUAUGUGGCCAUAAAGCUGUCUAAACCAAACCUUCUCCCUAUUAUACCAAUGUUGCAUACAUGGCCUUACAAUAUGAAUUGUAGCAACAAUUGAUAAUAUAAGAUUAGCAUUUUGUACACAGUACCAUUAGUGGCCAAACCCCUAAACCUUAUUUCAAAUUCUAAUAUUCUUUCAAAUAUUUAUUUAUUAGGCCAAUUGUGCAAUUCAGUGAAAAACGAAAAUCUUGUUUUUGUCUUCUAACUGGUUUAUGUGACUUGUAUAAUGUUAUAAUGACUCCGUUACACAUACUGAAACCUUUCAUAUUUUUCUAUAAUUCCUUCCUGAACUUUCCUUAAUGACGUUAUAAUCGUGAUGACGUCAUAAUUGUGAUGACGUCAUCCUAAUUAGCAGUAAUUGCUGAGUAGAAUUUUUUAAUUACUGUCAUGUUUUGUGUUGUAUGUGUUUGAGAUUUAAUGUAAUCGUAUACUUAGACUGUUAAAAAGACAACUUCAAUAUAAUAUCAAUGUUCCUGCA